GUGCAGUGCCCCAGGCGCGGUGACGUAAAGGGGGCGGGGCGGGCGACGUUCCCGCGACGGCUCUGGAUGGGCAGCCGGCCGACGCGAGUCUGAGGAUCGGGGGACUUGAACGUGAGAACGCGCGGCCUGCCGGGCGGCUGGGCCAAGGCCAGCAGAAACCAUGUCCAGCGACCCUCCCCCGCCGUAUCCCGGAGGGCCGUCAGCCCCCCUCUUAGAGGAGAAGGAUGGGGUCCCUUUCCCAGCAGGCCACGUCUCGCCUUCCAUGGUGCAGCCGCAGGGGCCCCAACAGCCCCCUUCAGAGUAUGGGCCCCCUCCCUACGAGCCGCCGCUCCAGCCGGGUUUCUACCCCGUGCCUCCAGAUGGGUCUGUGCCCUACAUCCCCCCUGGAGGCUACUACAUGCCCCCAGGGCCACAUGCCGCUACGGGCUACUACCCCCCAGCAGGCCCCUACCCCCCUCCGGGCAGCCAAACGGCAACGGUCCUCGUGCCCUCAGGCACAGCGACGACGGUGACGGUCCUGCAAGGCGAGAUCUUCCAGGCCGCCCCCGUCCCCACGGUGUGCCCGCACUGCCAGCAGGCCAUCACCACCAAGAUCUCCCACGAAAUCGGCUUCAUGAGCUUCCUGGUGGGAUUCUUCUGCUGCUUUGUCGGUUGUGACCUGGGCUGCUGCUUGAUCCCCUGCCUGCUGGACGACUUCAAGGACGUGACGCACACCUGUCCCAACUGCAAGGGCUACAUCUACACGUACAAGCGCAUGUGCUAGCAGCACUCUCUGAGCUGGCCCUUUCCCCUCGGCCUUUCCGACCCACCAAACGCUUCCUUGUUUGCCUUCCCCUUCCACUGCAGAGAGCUUCGUGGGUCUCUGGAACUGCCCAGUGGUCUGGUGGACGGGGCCCGUGAUCAGACAGGGGGGAGGGGGAGGCUGGCCUGGUGGUCUUUCCUCCCACGGAGUCUGUGGGGAGAGACUCUUUGCCUCAAGCACCUUUGCCCCGUGGGAAGGGGACCAACUCUGCUCUUGGAGGCAGCGUGACCCCUUUCCCCAGAAUCUCCAGGCUUCUCUUCUCCCUCUUGGUUUGUGGUUCGUUCCCCCUCCAGGAGAGGACGCUGGAGAGCCCAGACUGCUCCGUUGUGUUCAGAACCGUCAGCCUGCAACAUGGAGACUUUAGGAGGGGGGAGAGGUAUUUGUGAGUCUUGGUUCCAGAUGCACUCAGUGAGUUUCCUUAUGAGCGGAGCCGGACGUUUCCCGCCUGGGCAUCCUGUGCCUCUUAUGGGAAGCAGGGACCGAAGGGGCAUCUCUCCAGCCACAAAGACCUCUGUCCCCGGCAGGCGUCUGCCCCCCAGUCCUGUUCUUGCGCCCGCCUAUCCUACCGGGGAAGAGAGGCCAUGGUGAAAGGCCAGCCUGGGGCCUCGGUUCCUCCUUCCAGGCCUGGGUUCUGCUCCUCUGAUGUUGGUCUUGGGGGAGGCUGUGCGCCCCUUCCGCUGUGGCCCGUCCCGCCUGUAUAGAUAGCUUGGCCAGUCUGCGUCGGAAUGUGCUUGCCUGUCGUUUUGGUUUUUGUUCUUAUAACUGUGACUUAGCAGAAAUGUGAAAACCGUGUAACCCUGCCCCCCCCCAUUAGUUUUUGCAAUGAUUCCUUUGGGAAAGACCCACGGAUCUUUGCAUGGAUGUGCAAUAUGGGCAGAGGAGGCCCUUUGAAGGUGGCUCUUGUCGGGGGGGGGGCUGCUACUUAGCCCGUGCCCACCUCCUUCUGCCUCGAGAGUUUGAGGUGGGGGCUUGUGCUUGGAGCCUCUGCCUGUGCAGACAAGUCACCAGAGGGGCUUUUCCAUGUUUGUAUAUAAAUAAAAGACAGCCCUCCCCAACAA